GCAAUCAAUUUGCACAUCUAACGCCUAGGACUUUGCCUCGAGUUCGCGGGUGUGUUGCACUCUCACUUUGCCCUUCAUUUCCGCGUCGUCCGUGCUCCCAGGAGCUUGGGCUCUAGCGUAUCCGUUGAGAUCCAUCUGGGUAUUGUACCUAGCUCAACUGCAUUAAUAUGGCUUGCAUGAGGAGCGCGCUCUCCACACGUAUGCCAGGAGCCGGCAGCCGGGCACCGGCCACCGUGCCUCGCCUUCCUAGUUCCCGGGCGUCCCCGCUACCACUCCGGAAGCAGGUGGUGCAGGCCAAGCGCGCCACGGAUGCGGACGAGAAGCUCAUUGAGGAGAUGAAGCGCGCGGCCGAGAAGGGCGACGUGCUGGAGGGCGGCGUGGCGGAGGUGGGCGUGAAGAUCCUGGCGGUGGCAGCCAUCGUGGGACUGAUCGUGGUCAUCGGCUACCUCGGCGCGCCGGUGGCGGAGAACACGUUCGGCAUCUUCCCCCGAGCCUCGUGAGAGAUGCGGCACGUGGCGGUGGCGCGUUGCGGUGGCGUUUGGGGGUGGUGGUGGUGUGGCGUGUGGCGGUGGCGGGGUGUGGGCGGGUGUCAGGAUGGCCGGAGCGUGGCUUUCCACAAGGUGUCCGUAUGCGCCGCAUAGCUCCAACUGGACCGGCAGCAUGGCAAUUCGAAGGCACAUGAAAGGAAGGCAAAAAGGAAAGCACGCUGCAGGGGGGCUAUGCGGACGGCGGAUUUACCCCGUUGCUGAUGCAGUAUAAUUGUGACGAAGGCCAGUCGGCGUGCUGUGUGCCGGGGUUGGUAGUUCGGUGGCACGUGCAACUUCGGUACCGCGUGACACAUUUUCUGUAGCAGGUGACAAAGUGCACAUGUAAAUGUCCAUGCCUUAUGAUCGCAAAUCUGUCAGUAAUAGAACAGCGCGUGUUUUUGCAAGCAGAUGGUCACGAGAGUCGGACAUCCCGCUGACAUCCUGCCUUGCAUGGAAAUGGUGCGUGCACCUGAGGAGCCCCGGGGAGAGCUGACAUAGCCCGAAACCCACUACACAAUGACUGCGCAGAGGAAAGUAGACACGGGGCCGGAAAAGGGCGUACGGCCUCAAACCCACAGCCAAAAGGACACCGAAACUGGGCGUAGUGGUGUAACGGCAUGACAAGAUUCCCCAAGUUACUCAGCCGAGCACACUCAACAGACGAGAACCACCCCGGCCGUGAUGUCCAAGCACUCCUGUCGCGCCCGUACGUGUGUAAACGGACAUUCUA